AUGCUCAUCCUGUUUCCCAUCUCUGCCGUCCUCUCAUUGAUUACUGUUCACCCAAGCCCAGCCCAGACUCCAGACAAGAAGGACCCGGCAACUGUGGGCACCCCCCAGCAGCGAUGGUUUGAGGAAAAGAGGGGUGUGUUCCAUGUGUUGAAUGGAGGUGGUGGGCAGGUGUUUUAUUCGUGGAGAAUGUGUGUUGUGUGCUGCGUGGCCAGUGCCAUGAAGGAGACCCAGGACAGGAACUACGAGCACAUCUUGAGCAGAGAAGGGUCACCGUCCGGAGCGGGCAGGGGCCUCCCCGGGUUUGGGGAGGCUGAAUUCGCGUCUGCAGCCCCGGAGCCGCCCCAGCGCGGGAGUUUCGAGGGGAGCUCGGGGACAGCUGCGGUGUCACGUGGGGAGGCCGCGCGGGGACCGACGCCUGGGGCCCGAGUACCCCCGGGAAAGCCGGUGCCAAAGGGCCGCAUCCCCAGAGCCCAAACCUGGGCUUUCGCUAGGGCCUUGCAGGGAGGGGAGCUCGCCUGCCCGCCCGCGCCGGCACAGGUGUCCGGGUGGCGGCGCCUAGACCCCGCGGGCGGGGCCGGCGCGCCGGUGCGUGGGGCCCGGGGGCUCGAGGGGGAGGUUCGCGCGAGGUGGUUCUGGGCUCCUCCUCGGCGCUCAGGUUUCCUCUUUCCGCCCGCCGGCUGCUGGCUGCGGCACCGCCUCCCUCCGCCUCCCCCCACCCGCUCCUCGGCCUCGGCCCGCCUCGCCCCCGCGCGCAACGACGCCCGUGGCCCGGCGCCCGCCGCGCUGCACCCGGAGGAGGUCGCCGCGCGGCUGCAGCGGAUGCGCCGGGAGCUGAGCAACCGCAGGAAAAUCCUGGUGAAAAACCUGCCCCAGGACAGCAACUGCCAGGAAGUCCAUGAUUUAUUACAAGACUAUGAGUUAAAGUAUUGUUAUGUGGACAGAAAUAAGCGAACAGCUUUUGUUACAUUAUUGAAUGGAGAACAAGCCCAGAAUGCAAUUCAGAUGUUUCAUCAAUAUUCAUUUCGAGGAAAAGACUUAAUAGUCCAGCUCCAGCCAACAGAUGCUUUGCUAUGUAUUACCAACUUGCCCACUUCUUUUACGUUAGAAGAGUUUGAAGAACUUGUUCGUGCUUAUGGAAAUGUCGAGAGAUGUUUUCUGGUCUACAGUGAAGUUACUGGCCAUUCCAAAGGCUAUGGAUUUGUGGAAUACAUGAAAAAGGACUUUGCUGCAAAGGCUAGGUUGGAGCUAUUGGGUAAACAGUUGGGAGCAUCAGCUGUCUUUGCACAGUGGAUGGAUGUUAAUCUCUUGGCCGCAGAGCUCAUUCAUUCUAAGUGCCUUUGUAUAGAUAAACUCCCUAGUGACUACAGGGAUUCAGAGGAGCUGUUGCAGUUUUUUUCCAGUAUCCAUAAACCUGUGUUUUGCCAGCUUGCACAGGAUGAAGGUAAUUAUGUUGGUGGCUUUGCGGUGGUUGAAUAUAGCACUGCAGAGCACGCUGAAGAGGUUCAACAAGCAGCUGAUGGUAUGACCAUCAAGGGAAGCAAAGUUCAAGUUUCCUUCUGUGCCCCGGGAGCACCAGGGCGGAGUACAUUAGCGGCAUUGAUAGCAGCUCAACGCGUGGUGCACAGUAAUCAAAAGGGCUUACUUCCAGAGCCACAUCCAGUGCAAAUUAUGAAAAGUUUAAGCAACCCUGCCAUGUUACAAGUUCUUCUGCAGCCACAGCUCUGCGGGCGCACUGUUAAACCAGCAGUUCUUGGAACACCUCACAGCUUGCCACAUCUGAUGAAUCCAUCCAUCUCCCCUGCAUUUUUACAUUUGAAUAAAGCACAUCAGAAUCUUUCUCAUGUACCACUGGCACAGCAACAAUUAAUGAAGUUUGAGAAUAUUCAUACUAAUAAUAAACCAGGCUUACUUGGAGAACCCCCAGCUAUGGUACUUCAAGCUGCAGUAGGGAUAGGGUCACCGCUUCCAUUGAAAACAGAGUUGGGCCAUCUUGGAGAAGCACAUAAAACAUCUAAUUUGAUUCCACCUCAAACAACUAUAACAGCUGGCAUGGGCAUGUUACCAUUUCUUCCAAAUCAGCACAUUGCUGGACAAGCUGGGCCAGGGCACGGGAACACUCAGGAGAAACAGCCAACCUUGGUGGGGAUGGCAGAAGGAAAUUUCUCAGGGUCACAGGCUUAUCUUCAGAGCUUUCCAAACCUUACUGCUGGAGGCUUGCUCACGGGACAUCAUAAACAACAACAAAGUCAGCCAAAAGGCCUGGAGAUAAGUUCAGGGGCUGCCUCUAAGAAUCAGACUUCACUCUUGGGAGAACCCCCGAAAGAAAUUCGGCUCAGUAAAAAUCCAUACUUGAAUUUAGCAAGUGUGUUGCCCAGUGUGUGCUUAUCAUCCCCUGCAAGUAAAAUCACUCUACAGAAGACUGGAAUUGCAAGCAACAUUCUGGAUGCAAUCUCUCAGGGAAAUGAAUCGCAACACACGUUGGAGAAGUGCAUUGCUUAUUCUCAACCUUUUGGUGAUUAUGCACAGGUAUCAUCUUUAAGAAAUGAAAAGCGAGGCUCAUCAUAUCUCGUCUCUGCCCCAGAAGGUGGUUCAGUGGAAUUUGUUGACCAGCAUUCUCAGGGCACAGGAGCAUAUUACAUGGAAACCUACUUAAAAAAGAAGCGAGUGUACUGAGUUAAGUUCUCUCCUUAUAAACUCAUAAGGUUCUUUGCAGUAUCUCUGCUGUUCAUUGCUGCCUUAACUACAUUCAAACUAGCCAUAUCCUUUAAAUACGGGUUUAUAAUUUCCCAGAAGGAACUGUGUUGUGCAGCAGGCAGAAUUGCCAAAUUAAAAAAAUAAGUAGCAAUAAGAAGAGACAUCAGUUGAGGACAUAUUCCACUAGAAUUAGAUGCAUCUUAAUCAAUGUGAUACUAACUUAUAGUCCAUUGGAGAAAUUAACAUGUUCCAAUAUUCCUUGUUUAGGACUGGGAAUAAUUUUGACACCACAUAUAAAAGUUUGAGGCAAUAAAUGGGAAACAUUCUUGUUUCCUGGGCCUUAGAA